AUGCUCUCGCGCGGCCCACCCACCUCUUUGAUACCUCACACUGGAGGCUCAGUGCAAGCUCUUCCACUGACGAACGCGUUGAUCUUCGAGGUACCGCUCAGAAACUUACCCGAGAUCAUCUCGAGCGGCGGCGCACCUCGCGCGUCCCCACACAUCUUCGCGUGUCCUUACCUCACAUAUCUUCGCGCGUCCUCACACCGUCCUUUUUAUCGACCCAAGCCGCUGCCCUGCGCCCACUUUGAACACUGGGCAUCGGCACUCCCGGUGUGCGGCGCGCGCAGCCUGUUCGACCUCAGACUCAGACCCGCACCCACGGAGCUCCAGUAG